AUGCAACGACUUCUCACUUUGGCAAUCGCCGCCCUCGCAAGCGCAACGCCAUUCCUACUCCACGCCCGACAAGGCUCUUCUCCAUGUGCGCAGUUGAGCUCUGCAUACGAUGACUUCGUCUCUGCAGACCUCGCUCUCGCCUGCUUGCGUUCCGUACCACUACGAUCCACGAAGGUCCUUCAAUCUCAACUAGCAGGUCUGAGAACAUUUAUCGAAUUCCAAGGCGAUCUCGACUAUCUCAACGCCAGGGACAUCGCCGCUCGACUAUACCCUCCAAUUGAUCUCCUCGGAGGACUCACAAUUCUCGAGGAUCGCCUGAAUAAUACCGAUUUCUACGACAAUGAAUACGACUUCCAGCUGGAUGUUGCUCGACUCUUUGCUUCCGCGUAUGAUGGCCACUUGGUGUAUAUACCGGAUAUUGUGGGUGUCUUCGGCUUCAGGAGAGCGCAAAAUGGUGUGCCGUUCAAUCUGAUCUCAGUUUCGUCGGACGGAAGUGAAAUGCCGGAGAUCUUUGCUGCGAGAGACGCUGCUGCUCUGUCGGCUGGAGGAGGUUCGUCUGAUCCGUCAACAAUCUCACAGAUCAACGGCGGCAAUGUGCAGGACUAUCUCCUCGAACAAGCAGCUUUGACAGGAUCGUUUCAUGAUCCUGACGCAAAUUACAACCAGCUCUUCGCCCGUGCACUCUCGGACGGAUACUACGAAAACGGCAACUUCGCAGUACCAGGCAUCCUGUUCGAAGGAAUUGGCGACACAACUCUUACAUUCAACAACGGCUCAGAACAAGUGCUGCAGACCAUCGCUCGCUCAAAUGUCACUGGGCUGUCACUCCAAGGUCUCACAGACGGAGAAAGCUUGUUCGAACGAUGCUGUAGCCAACCCUCCGAGCUCCGCGGAGUCUACGAAUCAGCUUUGUCGACUGGAGAGGCCACGGAGGAGAUGAUGAGUUGGGCCAAGAGCCGCACUGGUCCCCAAGUUGCUGUCCAUCACCCAAGGCACACCCUCGUGAAGAAGCAGGCCGAUGACAGUCUGAUCAGCCCGGGCUUUCCACAACCGUCGGUCAACACCAGUGACGGAUCGCUGGUUGGGUACUUUUCUGAAUCUGACGAUGACUUGGCGAUACUGGUCCUGCCGACCUUCGCAGUUGGACUGACGGAUAUUGCAACGCUGGAGAUAGAUCUUGCUGUUGUGGAUGAGUAUAUCGAGGCACUUGCGUCCUUCCUCGAUGAGGCGAGCGCAGAUGGUCGGUCUCGAUUGAUCAUCGAUCUUCGAGGCAACGGUGGCGGUCUAGGCUACCUCCCCCACGAAAUCUUCCGCCAACUCUUCCCCUCCGCCCCUCUCCCCUCCGACCUCUCCAACUUCCGCGCCCACCCCCUUUUCAACCUCAUCGGCUCAACCGUAACAUCCUUCUACACCACCUCGCCCUCCGCCGACCUCCUCUCCGACCUCCGCCCCUCCUUCGGCACCUUCGGUUUCGACUCCACCCAACAUCUCGACCUCACCACCUCCUCCUUCACCUCCUGGUGCGACUUCUACGGCCCCGUCAGCGUUCCAUCUCUCGAAUCCGCCUCAUUCACCAAACUCUCUCGACCAAACUACACCGACUCCCAACAGACCGCUCCAAUAUACCUCACCCGCCUCAACCCCCGCACCGACGAAGUCUUCUCGGCCGAAAACAUCAUCCUCCUGCAAGACGGCGCCUGCGCCUCCGCCUGCGCUCUAUUCUCCGAAUUCCUCAAGUCCGCCGCUCCCGACGGUCCCGUGCGCCAAGUCGUGCUUGGCGGGCGCCCUCAAACAGGUCCAAUGCAAGGCGUCGGCGGCAUCAAAG